AUGACGUUGACUACACUGUGGGAUGUGCCGAAGAACAUCAGUAACAACAGCAGCAACGACAGAAGCAACAUCAGCAAUAUUAGCAACAACAUCAGCAACAACAGCAGCAACGACAGCAGUAAUAUUAGCCAAAACAUCAGCAACAUCAGCAACGACAGCAGCAACAACAUCAACAACAUUAUCAACAACAUCGGCAACACAAUCAGCAACAUCAGCAGCAUUAGCAUCUACAGUAGCUACAACAGCAGCAGCAACAACAGCAAAAACAACAUCAGCAAUAAAAUCAGCGACAACAGCUGCAACAUCAGCAGCAACGAAAGCAGACACUACACCAGCAUCAUUAGCAACAUCAGCAACCACAGCAACAACAAAAUCAGUCAUCAUGUAACAUCCAUGUUUGGAUUCUCUGACUGGGGAGUUUAUAGUGACGCACCUUCAUCAUCAGAGCUCGGGAAAGCCUCUGCAAGCUGGGUCAUUCACUCCCACGCCGUGCUACUACUCCCUUCCGGAGGGACCGACUACCCUCCGACCUUCAGUAACUUAUACAAAGACAAUAUUUACGGAUCUGACGCGAAGCGGAGUGAACGCCAUGAGCGCUGCCUCCCCCAAGUGCCCGCUUGUGACAUCAAAGUCAAGUCUGAGGCCUCGGAAGUGCCUGUCCCUGCUCCAGCCAUGCAAGUUUCUGAAAUCCACAUCAAGGAGGAACCUAGAGAUGAGGAUGCCGAUGUAACUGUGAAGGAGGAAUCACUCCUAUAUGGAGAUCAGGCUUGUUCCAGCCAACACCUCAGUUCUGCUACUGCAGACCAGGCAGCGGCUGCCUCCUCAUCUUGUUGGACCGUCAAGACGGAAGUCAAAGCUGAGAGAGAUGCUGAUGUGUCAGCACCGGCACCAGCAGGCGCUGCUGGCCGCACUAGGGCGUCCCGCUGCAGGCUGCAGGCCAACAAACACUCAAUGCCUGGACUCUACGAGAGUCAAGUGUUACAAGCAAAGAAAAACAUAACAAGGACCCAUCCAUUAUCUAUUAAUGCAUGGCUGAAGAAGAAUAUAAGUAGUGUUAAAAGUGAGCCUCAUAUUGAAGAACCUGAUCGUGACAAUUUCGGUGAAGUAUUGCGUUACUUAAUAAGAUCUAAGGAUGUUGUAAAACCACAUGCAGACGGUCCCUUGAGAGGCGCAAUUAUGUUUGGUUAUUACUUACAAUUAUUAUUCGACAACAAAUUUAAUGAAAGCGCAAGUGUAAUAGAGAGAUUGCCCAUCGGCACCAUUCUGUCAGACCACAUUGGUAUAAAAAGAAGAUAUGCCGAUCAUCUGCGAUGGCUUGGAAAACUCGGACAUCAAUAUUCGAAACUUGGAAACGUAUCACUAUGUCUUUAUCAAGUGUUCAGAAAAAGGCCAGACAUAACUAUUCUGUUCAAGUAUCGGCCCUAUUUAGCUAAUGAAUGGAAAUAAAGCACACGCUCUGAGAAACGUCUUUACUUGAAGCCGUUAUUAGUGUAAAUGAAACACGCAUUCAGCGUAACGUCAUUAAUUGACGUUAUAAUGAGUGUGUGUGAACCACGCAUUCAGUGUAACGUCAUCAGUUCACACAGGUUAGUGGGAUCGGUCGUUGGCUCCGUAAUAUCGCGCAGGAUCAUAAGCUAUGAACGACAGCGGAUGUUCACUUUUUGUACAGCAUACAUAAUCGUGAUG